AUGUCGACAAUAGGCACGCGAGAAGCAGUAUGGGGUGCAGACCCACUGGAGCUCUUUGGCGGCUUUCGAGCACUUGAAUACGACCCAGAAGCUACUUUCAAGUCUAGUCUUGCUUUCAAUGCCACCACAACCUGGAGUCGGACCAGCAUCGAGUUCCCAUACCCGCCACCAACCCAGCAGGCCACGGCAGAGCUCGAUGUCGACUUUCCGGAUGUAGAGUGGGAUUCACUACAGGAUGUCUACGGCUGGCCGGCUCUCCAGUGGCAAGCAUGGGCUAGAGGCACACUCAAUGUCCGCCUUCAAGGUGCUAUAACUCUCGCUUUACAGACUGAACACGUCAUCGAGGUAUGGGUGGACGACCAGCACUACUAUGGCGGUGACUUCUAUGGCUAUGGUAAAGUAGCUACGACCUUGCACCUGGAGCCUGGUAGCCAUCGAAUAGAUGUCAGGCUGAUUAGAGACGUCCGUAGUGAGGGCACUGUUGGGCGGCCCUCGCUCGGCGUUAUGCUAAGAGUGCAGGCACUUGGGCCUCUGCUCAAUGCUGUGAAGGCGGACACCUCGAAUCCUCACCAAGGCGUGCUGAUGCCUGACAUCGUCGGUGGCGAUUACGGCCAAUUCACGAGCUCAUACGCAUCCGUGAAACUCCGUAACGAUGGCCACGAAGAUGCUACGAUUGUUUCACUUGAAGCUACGCAUAACCAGUGCGAGACCGAGCUGGUCAGCAAGGAUUCAAUCGUGGUUAUACCCGGCCAGACCAGACCUUUGGCCUUCCGUGUAGCCUGUAUAUCUCCUAUCACUGGACGUGGUGCAACCACGAUACUGGUCAAGUAUACUACGCCGGAUAGCCACAUCACUCGAACAGUCUAUUUGUCUACCUGGCCACUCACUCGUGAGAGACACGAAGCUCAAAAGAUUACCUUCAUGCACCCUGGUGGCAUGGUCUCGUAUGCCGUGCUUCGACCUCCGUCAGCAAACGCACAUUGUACGCCGGGCAUGAAGAAAGCACCAGUCAUGCUAGUACUUCACGGCGCAGGAUUGGAAGCUGACGAUGAGAAAGUUCGCAAAGCGCUCGAUGACCUUCCGGACCUUUGUGCAUGGGUACUUUUUCCGACAGGAGUCACGACCUGGAGUAGCGAUGACUGGCACACAUGGGGACUAGCGGACGUCGAAGCUGCUAUAGCCGCGAUACCGACCUGGAUAGAGAACAAUGAGUGGGAAGGCGUGGGAGUCGACACAGACCGCUGGCUUGUGACUGGUCACUCGAACGGAGGGCAAGGGGCAUGGUACAUCGUGACUCAUCGACCCGACAAUGUUGUUGCUGCUGCACCACUAUCGGGUUACUCAUCUAUUCAGAACUAUGUUCCGUACACCAUGUGGCGACCCAGCGACCCUGGUAAAGUGGCAGUGAUUCAAGGCGCACUGCUGAGCUAUCAGCACGAGCUGUUGCUCGAGAAUGCUAAGGAUAUUCCUAUCCUUCAGCAGCAUGGUAGUGAGGAUGAUAACGUACCAGUAUACCACUCACGACUGCUCAACUGGCUUCUGGAGAGCGCAGCAGGCGUGGCAAGCGAUUAUCACGAAAUGCCAGGCAGACCGCACUGGUGGUCAGGCGUCUUUGUCACCGAACCUCUGAAGCAUUUCUUGCGCUCCAAUCUAAAUACUGGUGGACCAGAGAUUGAGGGAGAAAGCAUACCCAUUAAUCGGCGAGACUUCGCGGUGGUAUCCGCUGGAAAUGGUGACAUGGGAAGCAAGAAUGGCGUCAAGAUUCUGCAACUCAAGGCGCCCGGUCGAUUGGGUAAGGUCCACAUCACGCACGAUCCACUCACGCAGGCGUGCGUGUUUGAGGUAUCGAAUGUGGCUGUCUUUCAUCUGCCAGCUCAAUUCGCGGAAUGCAGUCUCUACGUCAACAGCCAGGAAGUGCCACUAGAAAUUGUCACGCAAAGCGACGAAAGCGCAGAGCUGACACUAGCAUACGAGAACGGCACAUGGACACAAACCACGGCUGACGGCUUUCCUCUCCCACCUCGUCAAGGCCGCCAGCAAGGAACCAUAGACUCCCUGCUCCGCACCCGCGGCGCUUUCCAGAUCGUGCAUGCCUCUCCUACAGCCCGAAAGAUAGCCCUACAAGUUUCUCGCAACCUGUGCCAGUACUUCGGCGCCGACACCAUCAUAAGCUCAGAUCACAGCCACGCUACUACUUCGACGACAGCGAACAUCAUAACCAUAGCACUUGGCCAAGAACUACCAAAGGACGAGUCCAGCCUCGACCUUCCCAUCUCCGUUGAAAACAACCGGAUUCAAAUCCGCGAUAUCACUAACGGCUUGCAAGCCUACCCUAUGACUCCAGAUCUUGGUGCUAUCUGGUUGCGACCUUUACCCGACGAACGACUCGAACUAGUAAUCUGGGGCGCAGAAGAGAAAGGUCUUGAGAUAGCGGCACGGCUGGCUCCUCUCGUGACAGGGAGCGGUGUACCUGAUUUCGUGAUCGUGAACCACAAGAUGUUGUUUCAGGGGCUUGAAGGUGUGCUGGCACUCGGGUAUUUUGAUGGGUGGUGGAAUGUUUCGAGGAAUUCCUACUUCACCUGA